AUGAAGUGUAACCGACACGGCAUGGUUACCGAGCUGCUGGCGUAUCAAAUUAUUGAGGAUCAAUUCACUGAAUCUUUUACCACAUGUGGAGCCGUGCCGUCAUCCAUCACAGCCCUCACUGAUCUUCGGAAACUGGAUAUGUCUCAUUCUUACUUUGGCGGAGGCUUGGAGAUUUUGGGCCAUUUUCCCAAGUUGCAAUAUGUAGAUCUGAGCUAUACCGAUUUCAGAGGAUCCAUCCCUGAAUCCAUCAGCAAUGCCACGAGUCUGAAUUAUCUUGACCUCAUGGGCGUGGAUCUCAGUGGAAGUCUCCCUUGCAGCAUCAGUCACCUCACUGCACUCGUAACCCUGCAUAUUGGACAGCGUCAACUCUAUGAGUCAUAUGUGGAUCCAUCCCUUAGCGCCGAACCAACCAACAUUCCCUUGGCUCAGUCGAACAUGAGCCCCCUUAAUAGGAUGCAAGGCUCCAUGGACGACCUCUCGUGUCUCGCCCCACUCACUCGCCUACAGUUCCUAUCUCUCAUGAGUCUUAACCUCACGGCUGGAGAGUUGCCUUCCUCUCUCUCUGCCCUUAGUAAACUCGGGUUCCUUGACCUUAGUUUCCUCCCCAUCACCCGCUUACCGCAAUGGAUCAAUUCACUUUCUGGCCUGACCUAUUUGGAUGUCACCGGCAACUUUAAUGUCCACCGAUCUGCACCUUUCCCCACUGAAUGGAUGGCAUUCACAGGGCUGCAAACUCUGAGGGCCGGUCUGAAUGGCUUUACUGGCUCUAUCCCCUCCACCAUCUCCGCCCUCACUGCCCUGACUGAGCUGCAGCUCUAUUUCAACAACCUCACAGAAAGCAUCCCUGCCGGCAUCUCCAAGCUCGCUAAACUGAGAUAUCUUGGGCUCUCCUACAACAAUCUCACCGGCGCCGUUCCUGCCACUCGUGCAUUCCUCCAGACCUUAGAGCUCUCCCACAAUCACCUCACCACCAUGCCUACUGCCAUCCAUGCGCAAAAUAUCAAGCUGAGCCACAACGACCUCAAGGGAUCCGUGCCCGUCAAUGGAGACGUGUAUAGCAUAGACCUCAGCUACAAUCCUCUUAGUGGAGGCUUGGAUGUGCUCCUUAAAACGUCCUCGACUGGUCAAUUACGGAUGCUACAUGCCGCAUCAUGCAACUUCUCAGGCCCAUUUCCAUCCUACACCAACAUAAAUUUCGAAAGGCUUGACGUGUCUAACAACAGCUUCACUGGACCCUUCCCCUCUAACCUCUUGAAUGCGGAAAAUUACAUUAGAGACAUCAACAUUUCCCACAACAAGUUCUCUGGCGUUGUUCCUCGCGGCAUUUGGGCCCUGACCAGCCUAACGUCCCUUGACAUGGCUCACAACCAGCUCCAGGGGCCUCUUCCUUCUGCUAUCAGCUCCAAAUUUCUCCAUUCUAUUUCACUGGCGUUGUUCCUCCUAGCAUUUGGACCCUGA